AUGUCCUCACCACCCUGGGAUUAUAUCGCCAAGCUGGUCUGCAUAGGAGACAGCGGCUGCGGCAAGUCGUCACUGACCAUCCGCCUCUGCGAGGGCCGCUUCGUGCAACACCACGAUGUCACCAUCGGCGUAGAAUUCGGCUCCAGGAUAGUACCGGUUGGCGCUCCCGCCAACAAGGCAAUAGCCGCUUCACAAGCAGACGCCUCCCAGUCGUCACCAUCCGGCCCGGACGCCUCCUCAAAACCAGACCUGCCAAAUGGCCUUCCAGACCCGCCCCGCGCCGCCCCAAAGGACCAGCAGCUACCCCAGAAGCACAUGAAACUCUCACUCUGGGACACCGCCGGGCAGGAGACGUACAAGUCCGUGACGCGGUCCUACUUCCGCGGCGCGAGCGGCGCCCUCCUCGUCUUCGACAUCUCGCGCAAGUCGACCUUCGCACACGUCACCGACUGGCUCAACGACCUGCGCCAGAUUGCCGAGCCCGACAUUGUCGUCAUUCUUGUCGGAAACAAGGCCGACCUCGCCGGCGAGAGGCGUGAGGUCAGCGCCGAGGAGGCCGCCGCCUGGGCCCGCCAGAACGGCGUGCUGCGCUACGUCGAGACGAGCGCCAAGACCGGCGAGUACGUCGAGGAGGCCUUCCUCGGCGUCGCCGAGAGGAUAUACCAGAACAUCCAGGCCGGCAAGUACGACCUGAACGACAGGCGGUCCGGAGUCAAGGGGCAAGGCGCCGGGUGGGGUGGGGGUUCCGGCGUAAAGGUAGACGCGAGGAAGUCUUCGAAUGGUGGCAUGUGUUGCUGA